CUUCGAACCAUUCAUCCGGGGGACUUUAUGAACCGAAAGUACGUUUCUUUGAAAGUCGACAAGAGCUUGACAGAAGACGAGAUUUCCCCCGGCCAUAGAGUCAUUCUUGAGAACUUCGAAAAGGUAACAAGGUAUGUCUGAAGAGCCUGAAAAUGGUGGUGGCAAGGGAAGGGGGAAGAAGAAAAAAGGACCAACUCCUGGUGGACCUCCAAAGGGAAAACAAGAUCAAGGGCCGUCAAGAGGGAAGCAUGGUCCAUCUCAAGGUCCAACAAGACCAGCUGCUCCACAAGGGUCUAAUCAAGGACAUCCUCGUGGACCAGGAGGUCAUCAAUACGCUCGUGGAUCACCACAAGGAGGUUAUCAAGGUCCUCCACAAAGAGGUUAUCAAGGUCCUCCUCGUGGACCCCCACCAGGAGGUCAUCAAUAUCCUCCGCAAGGGCCCCCACAAAGAGGUUAUCAAGGUCCUCCUCGUGGACCCCCACCAGGAGGUCAUCAAUAUCCUCCGCAAGGGCCCCCACAAAGAGGUUAUCAAGGUCCUCCUCAGGGACCCCCACAAGGAGGUUAUCAAGGUCCUCCUCAGGGACCCCCACAAAGAGGUUAUCAAGGUCCUCCUCAGGGACCCCCACAAGGAGGAUAUCAAGGUCCAGGUUCUGGAAUGGCUUACAAUAACCCCCAUCAGUCUGGGCCAUCCUUGCUUGGCCAGGUGCCGGGUUAUGAUGCAGGCGCUUGUUUUAUGCAGCCUGGACACAUGCCAGGACCUGGCCCUCAUGGCAAUAUGCAAGGUCAAGGCUAUCCUCCUCCAGAUUCACGUAACUUGUCAGACCGUGGGGAACGGGGACGGGAAGGGGAAAGAGGUAGUAGAAGAGGACAAAGAGGUGGAAGAGGAGGUGGGCAGGGGAAAUAUGAUGAUUCAGGUAGAAGAGAGUUUGGAAGUCAGUCUUCUCUCAAUUCUGAUAAUAGAGGAAGAGGCAGAGGAAGGGGGCAGCCAUUUCGAGGAAACCGUGGAGGUAGAGGAAGGGAAUAUGCAUCAAGAGAAAAUCUUUCCAGCAGUACUGCAAGCAUACCAUCCAUUCUUGACCUUGACUUACAAACUAGAGAGACUAGCCAGACUCAUGGUGAUGAUAGAGGAAGAGGAAGGGCAAGAGGUAGAGGAAGAGGUAGGGGUAGAGGCAGAGGUGAAGGCAGAGGCAGAGGCAGAGGCAGAGGCAGAGGCAACAGGGGCAAUUCCAACCGAGGAAACUAUUCCCGAAAUGCCAAUUUGAACAGAGAGGUAUCUACAAGUACAUUGAGUGUGGCAUCAUCUGUUGAUGCAUGGGAAGAUGAAGAAGAGGAUGAACAAGAUGAACUAUUGCAAAUUGUUGAGUCAUAUAUAAAAAAGAAGAGAAAUCGAAGAAGACGCACUAGGGAUAACAGUAGAGACGCCACACCUUCUAAGAGUAUAUUUGAAAUUGAUGAUGAGGGAAAUGCUGUUGCAUCCGGAUCUUCGGAAAGUGCUUUCAGAGGCUCGUCAAGGUCGAGAGGUAGUGUAAGAGGAAGAGGGGUGAAUGUUCACAUGAGAGGAAGAGGUAGGGGUGGGUAUGUCAGAGGAAGAGGAGGAGUCAGGAGUAUAGGAGAAACAACACAUCCUGAGAAGUCAGAGAAAUCAAUUUCAAGAAGCCGAUUGUCAAUGCAGCAGGAAGAAGCAGCAGGCCAGACACUUGAAGAAGAUGAGGCUUAUUCAACUACUGAUGAAGAUGCCAAGUCUGAGGUUCACUACAAACCAAUCAGUGCUAAGAAGAAAGGCCACGUUCCAGCAAAGUUUGUAACAACUGGCAAGUUUAAUAAAGCAGGAAGAGGGAAAGUAUCAGUCAGGAAAUCUAAGGUGGCAUCAUCUGAGAUAUUUGGCAGCCUGUUAAAGGAUAUGCCCACUGAUCCAGGAGAGGAGCUGCCUGGAGGGUGUGGAGUGAAUAAUAUUCUAAUGGGACUGCUGAAGAAGUAUGAUAGUGGCAGCGAGGAGUGUGUUCUGGAUCUAGAGAAGACCAGUGAACUUGUUGGAAGGGAAGGAGCCUUUGGAAGAGAUGAUGGUUCAGGAGAAGCUACAGAAGGCUUGCUGAAGAAGAAGAAAAGGCUUAGGAAGAAGAAAACUCCUGACCGAAUAAGAACUAGCAGUGAAAGAAGUAGUGCUUCUGAUGGAGGCUGUCAAACUCGGGGAAAGACCGCACAAUCAAGAGCUGAUGAGGAUGAAGAUGAAGAAGUCAGUGAUGUACAGAAAGCUUUCAGAAAUUUGCUGACUCAGUUUGGUGGUAGAGCAAAGAUGACUGAAUUGUUGAAGCAGGAAGAAAAGUUUCCAAAGUCUUUCUUUGACCCUGACUGGCUACAAAAGCAUAGCAAAAAGUUUCUCAUAUUUAAGAAAAAGGGAUUGAUAGAGUAUGUGUCAGCGUACUUUCGUGAAGCAAAGUUGUGUGUAUACUAUAACAGUCCAAAAGGCUGCACCAAUCAAGAGUGUGAUUAUUUUCACGUGUGCAGUGGCUUUGUUACAGAGUCUUGCAAGCCACACCUUCAAAAAUGCCCCCGCACCCACAAUUUCUUUGAGAAGGAAAAUGGUGUAUUAGUUGCAAAGCUUGGCCUGAAGGAUUUUAAAAACAAAGAAAUUGCUAAAAUUGUACGCUGUACAGUUCCUGAGACUUGUAAAGAAUAUAACCAUGGAACCUGCAGAGAUGAUUACUGCCCUUUUCUUCAUGUUUGUGAUCAGUUUCCUUGCAAAUGCAAGUCAUGUCAGUUGGAGCAUGAGUGCCUCUCCUCAGACCACAACAAAUGGGUCUUGACUUGCUUCCGUAUUGUCCAUUUCAAAGAAUACAACCUCAUCAGAAUGGUUCUUGGUAAAAACAAACCAGUGGAGCUUGCAUCGACUCCUAGUGUGUCAUGUGGACAAAAAGAGCCCAGUCUCACAACUCCGAUUGAACCGACCACAAGAGCCCAAUAUGAACCUGAAAGUAGGGUUCACAAUGAACCAACCCCAAGAUCACAAUAUCAACCAGAAAUUAAUCUUGAACCAUUAUCCAGAGCUAGUCCUGAACCAGCACCAAGAGCUCCCCCUGAACCAGUUCCAAGAACAUACCCUGAACCAGCUCCAAGAACUUACCCUGAACCAGCUCCAAGAACUCGCACUGAACCAUUAUCUAGAGCUCCCUCUGAACCAGCUCCAAGAACAUACCCUGAACCAGCUCCAAGAACUUACCCUGAACAAGCUCCCCAAGGUCGAUAUGAACUUGAUCCUAGAACUCACACUGAACCAGCUCCACAAGUUAGGUAUGAACCAGAUCCUAGAGCUAACCCUGAACAAUCUCCGAGAGUGUACCCUGAACCAGCUCAAAGAGCUCGGUAUGAACCAGCUCCAAGAGCAUACCCUGAACCAGCUCCACAGGCUCAGUAUGAACCAACUCAAGGAGCUCGGUAUGAACCAGCUCCAAGAGCGUACCCUGAACCAGCUCCACAGGCUCAGUAUGAACCAACCCAAGGAGCUCGGUAUGAACCAGAUCCUAGAGCUAACCCUGAACAAUCUCCGAGAGUGUACCCUGAACCAGCUCAAAGAGCUCGGUAUGAACCAGCUCCAAGAGCAUACCCUGAACCAGCUCCACAGGCUCAGUAUGAACCAACUCAAGGAGCUCGGUAUGAACCAGCUCCAAGAGCGUACCCUGAACCAGCUCCACAGGCUCAGUAUGAACCAACCCAAGGAGCUCGGUAUGAACCAGAUCCUAGAGCUAACCCUGAACAAUCUCCGAGAGUGUACCCUGAACCAGCUCAAAGAGCUCGGUAUGAACCAGCUCCAAGAGCAUACCCUGAACCAGCUCCACAGGCUCAGUAUGAACCAACUCAAGGAGCUCGGUAUGAACCAGCUCCAAGAGCGUACCCUGAACCAGCUCCACAGGCUCAGUAUGAACCAACCCAAGGAGCUCGGUAUGAACCAGACCCAAGAGCUUACCCUGAACCAACACCAAGAACUUAUCCUGAACCAGCCCCUCGGGCUAGGUAUGAACCAGACCCUAGAUCUCAAACUGAACCAGUUCCACGAGCUCAGUAUGAACCAACUCAAGGAGCUCGGUAUGAACCAGACCCAAGAGCUUACCCUGAACCAGCUCCAAGAGCUGAACCAGCCCCAAGACCUUACCCUGAACCAGCUCAAAGAGCUGAAUCAGUCCAUGUAACUCACCAUGAACCAACACCUAGGGUUUAUGAAGCAGUCCCAAUGGCUCAGCACCAAGCAUCACCUCGUGUUGAAGCAGGCCCUUCCGGGAGUGUUGUAGGUGUUGAAGCAGGCCCUUCAGGGAGUGUUGUAGAGAUUGGUGAGGGUCAGUACCUGUGUGAGCAGCACACCUGGGACACCUGUAAGAAGGGGCAUGCAUGCCCCUAUUACCAUGCCAGUAGAAGAAUGCCCUACCAGUGGCAGGUGGAGCUGAAAAAGGACUCCUGGACCAACUUCCCUGACAUGGCCAAUGAAAGAUGCGAGAAGGCCUUCUGCAAUCUGGAGUUGAGUGUAAACAGGAUGUUUCUGAGCAGCAUUAUUGUUGAUAUUAAUCUGGACAAGAUGACGGCAAGCCUGACCCUCAAUGACCCGACCAGCACAGUGGUCACAGACGAUGUGAAUGUCCGCCGACUCUCCACGCGGUCCUACUGUGAGGGGGAAGGGGUGUUGUCCUACUUCACCUUCUGGUGCUGGUACUGGCUGGACAACGGACUCAGGUGGAAUCUAUAUGAGCCGGAUAAAAGACAGUACACGCUUGAGAAGAAGCUGCUGUACGGUCAGUCAGAAUAUUAUUUUGAAAAUGUGCUCGAGAAUAGCAUAUUCCAUUACCAACUAACUUUCGCAAUGAAUGGAAUGGUGCAGAAGAACUUGGAGACUGGAAACGUCCGUCGGGUCAUCAGGCGGCCUUUAUUUGUAGCCCAGAGAGACGUGGAGGACAAAAUUGUUCUCUCCCACCCUGACCUCCUGCAACAAGCUCCCAAGUUGCCUCGCGACAUGCCCACACACUGGACACCCCUGGACCUGGUCCAGUCCUUCGAACUGGUCAGUCUGGACGUGGAGGCCAACAUGUACUUGCAGGUCAAGAGGAGGUUAUACGCCACAAUGCCCCAGAAUCAGUACCGCAUCACGGCCAUCUACCAGGUGCAGAACCCAACCAUGUGGGACAAGCACCUCAGCCACAAGCGCUCAAUGGAACAUACUGCUCAGAGAGAAGGCUUGACUGAGCCUAUUAAUGAACAACAGCUGUUUCAUGGCACUGAUUCGGAGGAAGUUGUUCGCGGCAUCUGCGUCAACGGCUUUGACUUUCGUGUAAGUGGCAAGAAUGGUACCGUGUAUGGAAAGGGGGCAUACUUUGCGAGAGACGCCUCCUACAGCAACAACUACACCAACAUCAGGGGCAAGAGGUACAUGUUUCAGGCCAAGGUACUGGUUGGUCGCUUCACGAAGGGCACGGCCGACAUGACACGACCUCCACCGAGGGCAGGUCACGUGCUGUACGACUCGUGCGUCAAUGACAUUAAUCAACCAACCAUUUUUGUCACCUUUGACCAAAAUCAGUCGUACCCAGAGUUCCUGAUUGAAUAUGAAGACAUGUCGCCAGGGGCAAGGGUACCAGCACCCCAACCCACCCACCCAUCACCGUCAGCGCAAGUACCGCUGUCACCAUCAGCGCAAGUACCGCCGUCACCGUCAGCGCAAGUACCGCUGUCACCAUCAGCGCAAGUACCGCUGUCACCAACAGCGCAACAACCGCUAGCUUACCCUGCGUCCUACAGUAUGCCUGCCUACCCCCACCACACAUACAAUCCUCCACCCCCAACGAGUCCAGGAAGAAGGACACCCAGACUGACGUCGCAACCCAAAAAGUCUUCUGAUAGCUGUGCUGUAAUGUAACUUAGGGCAUGGGGACACAUGUCCUACUUCAACAGGACGCACACACACACACACACACACACACACACACACACACACACACACACACACACACACACACACACACACACGUCUAUCUUGAGUGUAUGUGGAACAGUGAUAUAUAUACCAAUACACAAAGGAAUAUAACUCCCCACUCAUUGUUUGUUUACCACUAAUAUGGUUAAUCUGGAUAACUCCACUAAAAACUGUGUGCUGUGUAGAUUAACAGAGAUUCACUGCAUAUGCGAUGUGGUGACUGAUGCAGUGGUUAUAUAUAAUUUCUAUGCUGAUGGGUUAAAUUGACACAAUGAGUUACAAUGACACAAUGAGUUAAAAUGACACAAUGAGGUAAAAUGACACAAUGCGUUAAAAUGACACAAAUAGUUAAAAUGACACGAUGGGUUAAAAUGACACCAUGCGUUAAAAUGACACAAAUAGUUAAAAUGACACAAUGAGUUCAAACGACACAAUGAGUUAAAAUGACACAAUGAGUUAAAAUGACACAACCAAUCAGAUGGUGACAAUGGUUGCCAUUGCGCACACACACAAAACAUCCAGAAUGCAAGAAUGACAAAGAAAAGCAGGAUCUUGUUUUGUUGUGUGACUUAUCACAAUCUUCCUAAGAUGGACAUGUGAUGUCCUGAUGUAGCAUUCCAUGUCUCAUUACUGAACUGAAACCAAGGCUGUCAUGUAAUUUGAAGGCGCACCUGUUUGCUUGGUUUGAAAAUGAGCAAUAGUGUUCUGAGGUUAUGAAUUCUCGACCAAUUAUUUGUUUCAAUUAAUCAGUUUGGGAUCAGUGGAUCUGAGUGAUUACGUACAGCCUCAAUAAAUGUUGGCUCAAGCCUGAAGAUGGACAGCAAGUGUCUCAUAUGUAAUAUUGGGAGUCAGCAGCCUUCAAUAGAGACUGCUUCAACAGCAGGAAAUUUCAGAGAUAUUUUAUACUAUACUGGCAAGAGUCUUUGACCCAACUCUUUUGGUAUGGAACCCUUGUAAUCUGAGAAUCUCGGUGUCAAACAACAGCAUGUGCUGUGCCACCAUGGGGGACAUAUUUUUGUAGAUCCACAGAAAUGGUUUGGAGGUCAGCUCACGUUACGAAGUGAAGGUUUACUCUAUGAUGGCCUUUCUGGCAUGCAAGGCAAUGCCAUUGAGAUAGUAAUGUCAUAUGGGAUCCUUUUGGGAAAAUAGUUAUAUGUGGGCAAGCCUCCAGACUUGGUUAAGUGGAGAAACUCUUGUCAUCCCUGGUUAGUAUUUCCACUGGGCACAGAUUUUCUGUGCAUUUUUCUGGAUUUAUCUAGCCUACUCUGGUGGUUUUUCAGCAGCUAAAACAUGCUUGAAGGGCGGUAUUCAUUGCAGGGUAGUUUGGGGCUUUGAGGAAGGCUUCAUUCUGUUCCGUUUUGACUGUACUGCAUCUUCGUGAGACUUAGAGAGGGUUUUGUCCUCAGUGUCAGGCUAUGUCAUGAUGGAUUCUUUGGAUUGUCUGAAUGUCCAGGCUUCUGAGAAAAUUUCAUGAUUGAUUAUUUGGAUUGUCAGGUGUGGACAGAGGUACCUCUCAAUUCUAGGUAUGGAUAGUGGUAUCUCUCAAUCCUAGGUGUGGACAGUGGUACCUCUCAAUUAUUGGUAUUGACAGUGGUACCUCUCAAUUCUAGGUAAGGACAGUGGUACCUCUCAAUCCUAGGUGUGGACAGUGGUACCUCUCAAUUAUAGGUAAGGACAGUGGUACCUCUCAAUUAUAGGUAAGGAUUGUCUGAACUUUCAGCCUUCUGAGAAUAUUUUACGAUUGAGGCUAUUUCAUGAUUGUUUUCAUUGCUUUCAUUGCUUGUCUCGGCGAUCACUAAUUCAAUCUUGAUACAUGUGCCAUUGACAGACCUUUGUUCAUGUUUUGCUCACAUUUCUGCAAGUUUGUUUUAUUUAGUGAUGAAUCCUUUGGCGCCAAGGAAAACAGCAUCAUGUAUACUGACACAUCAAGGUCACUGUUGAAUCCAUAAUCUCAUAAUUGAUAUACUUGAUUAUUAACAUUAUGAUACAGUGUUUCAAUUGAUGGUGGAAUUGUUCCACCCUUCUUUGAAUGGGAUAAAAUUAAUAGAUUUUGUGUGACCUCUGUAUAAGGUCAAGGUCACUACAGGCUGCUCAUGAAGUGCUCUUGAUUGGCAUGGAUAUGUUUGAGAUCCUGUGGCAAGGUGUUAUGAGCUAUUCUACCCAGGAUCUUCAGGGGUCUGUUGGUGACAGCAGAGACCAUAUAAUAUUAUAUGGUCUCUGGUGACAGAGAGUAGGUGGAUGGGUGACCUGCCCCGCACUGAAACACAGGGUUCUGUUGUGUCACAUUUGGCAAAAGACUUCAAAAUAUCCAGCUGUUCACCCAGCAGUGAAUGGGUACCUGGUAGGAUAUGAUGGUAAAGUGACUGUAAAUCUCCUUGUGCCUCAAAGGCAGCUUGGGUCCGAAGACCGGGGUUAUAAUAAUGUAGGACCCUAAGCAAUGACUUGGUGAAUGGAAUAUGGCCCGUUAUAAAUGGACUAUUAUUAUUGUUGUUGUUA